AUGAAUAAAGCCUACAUUAAAAAUGUUUAUAUUCUUUUAAUCUUAUUUUUUUGUGUGAACAAUAAAGUCUUUGCGACCGAAACUAAUUCAGAAGGUGAUCCUCUAACCAGAUCUAUUCUACACAAUCCUGAGGAAAGCACAGUUGAUCUAACCAAUAUUAUAUUCAAUUUGUUCAAUACUGAUUCAGAAGCAAUAGAUGAACAAAACAAGCACCUUCUAUGUAGAAAUUUUGGAGAAUCUGAAAAUAUACUAAGUAUUAUGAGUCAAGCAGUAAUGUUUUUACAUGAUCAUAGUAAUAAUAUAAAUAAUGACAAUUUAUAUUGUAAAUAUUGCAAUGAUGUAAAUAUAUUUUUUAAGGAAGUCGAAAAUGUAAACAUUGCAAAACUUAAUCUUAAGAUUCAAAAUUGCGAUAAGUAUGAUGACAUAAUAAACAUUCUAUGGGAUCCUAAUGGUGCCAAAUAUUUCGAUAACAAUUUUAUUGAUGGACAAGUUGCCCGUAUAUAUCAUCCAAAUUUAUUAAUGAUACAGAAACGUUAUCAACAAUAUAAUUUAUUAUUCCAAAAAUAUUAUUAUUCUUUAUCUAUAAAAGUUCAUAUAUCAAGAAACACAACUAUAAUUGCCAAUUUAAAUGCAUAUGUAAAUGGCCCAAACAAUUACAAUACAAUACAUAAUAUAAAAACAAUCAUAAACUGUUUGAGAUUAUUUGAAUCUGGCAUGAAUUUUUCAGAAAAAUUGAAAAAAAUACUUUUCAGCUUAUCUGGGUAUAUAAUUACAAAACACCCCGGAUACAUCGAUGUUACCUAUAUCAGCUUUAUUGAUGCUGCUGAUUCCACAAUCCCAGAACAUUCCAUUAAAAGAGAAAAGGCAAUACAAAUGUUAAAGCAUACCAAGUUAAUAGAAAUGUUCUCUACCGAAUAA